AGAAAGAAAGUGAUUUUUGCGUGUACACUUCCCCUUUAAGAAACACAACACGAGAAGCGCAAUAUAUGGAAUAUAUCGAUGGGACGAUGGGACAAUUAUGACUUAUACGAACUGGGGCACGGACGGGGUAGAUGGAGGGACGCUUCAAAGAUGCUUUUUGAAGAAUAUGACAGAAGACGGGUGGCAGGAUGUUUUUUGCAAUGACAAAGUAGCCCGUACCAUCUUGUGCUCAAACGAAGUUCCGGACAUAAAGCACUUGCACGAUACUCCAUCGCUUCCAGAAGCCAAUUCCUCUGGAUACGACCAUGAGUUGUUUACUAACUGCACUAAUGGAGAGCUUGUGUCAAAGUUCAACUUAUGUGAUGGAAGGUUCGAUUGCAAAGACAGAAGUGACGAAUCAAAUUGCGGAACGUCCUGCACCAGCACCCAGUUUCAAUGCACUAAAAUCAGGUGUGUCUCCUUCUCCUUCUACUGUGACGGUACACGAGACUGUGCGGAUGGCUCGGACGAAAACUGCGAAAAGGGGAGUUGUGCAAGUGAGGAAUGGCAAUGUAGAAAUGGUCAAUGCAUUGACUCUGGGAAAAGAUGUGACCUGUUCGAAGAUUGCUACGACAAGACGGACGAGGCAGAUUGUGAAAUAUGUCGGAGUUUUGUGUGUUUUGAUGGCAAGUGUAUCCCCAACUCCUGGGUGAAUGACGGCGUCGUUGACUGUGAUGGCUUUAAGGGAGAGGAUGAAAGCGAAUAUACAAUCACCAAUGAUCUAUCAGCAGUAGACAUAACAUCUGAGCUUCAAAGGAACGUGUCCACCGAAUCUGUUUGUGUGUACAAACCAGAUAUGUUGGGAAAAGCUGUCAUACAUUUUCCAAGUGAUGGAAACUGUAGCUUGGUGGAAUGUGAAGAAACACAUUACAAAUGCCCUAACAGCUACUGCAUCCCAAUACAGUAUGUUGCCAAUGGCCUCAAAGACUGUCCAGAUGGUGCCGAUGAAUGUGGUCGUCACGAGUACAGAUGCCCAGGCUAUUAUCCAUGUUCAGGGGAAACAUACUGUAUUCCCCCAAGUCAGCUGUGUGACGGUAUACGGCAUUGUCCAGAUGGAGAUGACGAACGUAUGUGUCAGAGCGAGUGUCCACCGUCUUGCAUCUGUAGUGGAAGAGUCAUACGUUGUGAUUCAAAUUUCAAGGACAUGUCUCAAAUUCCAUUCGAUGUCCGGAAGCUAGACCUAUCGGGGGUAGAUCUUCACCUACUCUACUGUCGUGUUUGGCUCCCCUACCUGACUGUCCUCAUCUUGUCAUCAUCAAAUAUAAUACGAAUUGAAGGAGUUUUUCCAAAGCUUCCAAAUCUUUUAACCUUAGAUGUAAGUCACAAUAUGAUAUCUCACCUAGUUAAAGAUUCCUUCUCAAACUUUACCAAUUUGAAACACCUUGACUUAUCAAACAAUGUUAACCUCUCAAACAUCGACAAUGGUACAUUUGCAAAAUUGUCAAAACUAGAACAACUGAAUUUAUUCAACACAUGUAUCAUGGAGUUAAAAUCAACGGUUCUACUGGGCCUUUCGAAUCUCCGGACACUUAAUAUUUCACACAGUCAGAUGAAUUACAUCAAUGUUGGAUCCUUCUCAAGCUUGCGGUUCCUUGAAUGCCUUGACAUUAGUCAAAACAAAAUUCAAAACUUUAAUAAAGGAAUCUUUGAUGGUUUACCAUCACUAAAACAGUUACAAACUGAUUCAUACAAGCUGUGCUGCGACUCUGUGAGACCGAAAAGCCUCACAACAAGUGGCUGUUUAUCAAGUAAAAGUACCAUUGCUUCAUGUGAGGACCUUCUGGGCCAAGAUAUCCUUCGAAUUCUGCUGUGGGUCAUUGCUUUAGUUGCUGUUGUUGGGAACAUCCUGGUGAUCAUAUACAGGUUCAUUUAUGACAGAAAAUCCCUUCAGAAAAGCUAUGGUGUACUUGUGACAAAUCUCUCAAUCGCCGAUUUCUUCAUGGGCCUCUACAUGAUGAUCAUUGGAUUUGUGGAUUCAUCAUUUAAAGGAUCGUACGUGUGGCAUGAUUAUGAAUGGAGACAUAGCACACUAUGUGCUUUCGCUGGCUUCCUGUCCACCUUAUCCUCGGAAGCUUCGUGCAUCUUCAUCACACUUAUCACGUUAGAUCGGCUAUUGGCCGUUGCCUUUCCGUUUGGGCAAUUCAGGUUUUCCUUAAAGACAGCUGUUUUGUCUGCAGCAAUUAGCUGGAUUAUUGCUAUCCUCCUAGCAGGUAUUCCUCUAUUACCGUCACUGAAGUGGAAUCUCUACUCCCAGAACAGUGUCUGUCUUGCACUGCCUCUUUCAAAUGACCGACAACCAGGAUGGGAAUAUUCAACUGGGAUAUUUGUGGGUUUCAACUUUGUCAUGUUCCUACUCAUAGGGAUUUGCCAAGUUCUGAUAUACAGAGCAGUUACGACAUCAUCCACGAUAAGAUCAUCUAAGUCCAGUCAUGACACUACCAUUGCCAGGAGACUUAUCAUCGUCGUCCUGACAGAUUUCCUCUGUUGGUUCCCUGUUGGUGUCAUGGGUGAGUAUUAUGAAAUGCAAUAACAUGUGUCAUGCGUGUUCCGGUAGAAUCAGUGCUUAACUAAUGGCCAAACAAAAUUAAAACAAAAAAAUAAAUUUAUCAAGAACUAGUAUUUGUUCAUUUUAAUAUGGACCCCCUUCGUGGUCUAGUGAUAGAGCGUCCGCCCAGAGAGUGGAAGGUCCGGGGUUCGAUCCUCGCCUGCGUCAUACCAAGAGACGUUAAAAGAUGGUACUUGUUGUAACCCUGUCUGGCGCCCGGCAAUAAGGAUCUAAAAUAAGGACUGUAAGAUACAAAGAGGUUGUAAUCAUGACACGACCAUUGCCAGGAGACUGAUCCUCGUCGUCCUGAUAGAUUUCCUCUGGUGGUUCCCUGUUGAUGUCUUGGGUGAGCAAUGACAUGUGCCAUGUUUUUUCUAGUAAAUUCAUUGUGUAAGCAAUAGCCAAAUCAAAUCAAAGGUGUCUUAAAGUUAAUUAUUUUUAGAAACAAUUAUCGAGAUCUGUGUUCAUAUUGAUAAAUACCACGUGAAUUAACUCGUCUGACCUUGUAAUCUAGGGGUGCUGUCACUACGAGGGGUUCCUUUAGACGGGGAGGUAUAUUCUUGGACUGCAGUAACAGUGCUCCCUGUGAACUCAGCUUUAAACCCGGUAUUAUAUACAAUUCCAAGUAUAGUAGAGGCCUUGGUAAGUAGCUUUUGUUGUUGUUUUUUAAUCAUGAUCAUCUAUCUAUACAAUUGUGAUGCGAGGACAUGCAUCAACUAAGUCCGCAGCCUGACAGCCUGAUCCCGUUAGUUGCGUCUUACGACAAGCAUGGGUUGCUGAAGACUAAUUCUACCCCGGUUCAUUAGGGGUUGGGUAAGUAGUUAGAGAAACUAUGCCCACUGAUUGCACACUGAUUCUACAGCAAUUGCUGCUAUGCCAUCGAAUAUGUCGCUCAGACGAUACUUCAAACAAUAUUCAAAGCAUGAAACAUUAAACAUGAAAUAUCAAUAUUUUGAUAGAGAGGAGCCAGAAAAAAAGAAACGCAAACAUCAGCAACAGA